AUGAAGCUGGAGAAGGUGCGCUUUGCGUGGGAGCACCUUGACUAUGUGCCGCCCGGGGCAGAUGCGCGGGAGAAGGCACUCGCCUAUCUCGGCGGGCUCAUCAAGCAGCGCAGCGGCGCCCUCAAAAAGCAGGAGUGGCACCCCGUCACCGAUGCUCGCACGCGGCUGGGCUUUGCCAACGGCAGCGAUAUCCGCCUCGGCACCACGUUGCGCGGCGGUACACUCCAGCUGCUGCACGUCUCUGAGCUGGCGCAUGUGUCGGUGCAUGCCCCUUGGCGCGCGCGGGAAAUCCGCACGGGUGCCAUCAACACCGUGCCGGCGGAGGGUGUCAUCAUUCUGGAGAGCACGCACGAGGGCGGGCGCUACGGCGUGAACUACGAGUUGACGGUGCAGGCCAUGGAGAACGCCGCGAAGGAGGAGCUCUCCCCGCUGGAUUUUCGCUUCUUCUUUUUCAGCUGGGCAGACCACCCGGACUACGCUCUCGCGGGUUCGGGCGGGUGGAGCGAUACGCUGGCGGCCUACUUCGAGAAGCUGGAGACGGAGCAGGGGGUGAAGCUCACGCAUGCUCAGAAGCUCUGGUAUGCCCGCAUGGAGCGCACCAUGGGCUCCGCCAUGCGGCAGGAAUACCCCACGACGCCCGAGGAGGCAUUCUCCACGGGUGACGACGGCUCCAUCUACGGCCACCAAAUCGCGCUGCUGCGCGAGCAGGGCUGCGUGGGCGCGGAGUUCGAGGUGUUCCCGAACGAGCCGCUCUACACGGCGUGGGACCUCGGCCUCUCUGACCAUACGGCUAUCUGGCUGGUGCAGCAGGUGGGCGGCAAGGUGUACUGGCUGGACCACUACGCCGCCAACCAGCUCCCGCUGGAGCACUACGCCGCCAAGAUGCAUGAGUGGGAGUCGCACCUUGCCAAAGAGGGCAUCAACCGCGUGCGUGUGGUGCCUCGCACGCCCGAUGUGUGGCGCGGCAUCAAUGCGCUGCGUGUGCUGCUCUCCCGCAGCUGGUUCCACCGCCGCACGCUGGUGCAGCGCGUCAACCUGCGCGGGGAGAAGGAGCCGAGCGGACUCACCUGUCUGGAGAUGUACCGCAGCGCACCUGCGGGCACGGGCGGGGCUCUGCGCGAAACGCCGCUGCACGAUGCCGCCUCUCACAGCGCAGAUGCCGCCCGCAUGUUUGCGGAGGCUUUGUCGCACGGGUUGGUGGCCCCGCUUGUGCCGCUGCGCAUUCCCGCCAAGCGGGCGCGCAUGUAA